UUCACACUCCAUAACCGUGACAGUAAGUUCCGUGUUUUAUACGGUUAGUUGCACACAAAUCUUGAAACCGAUGCAUUUUUUAUAUUGUGCGUCCAUCGUUUUUUUUUUUACAUUAAAAUAACUGUAGUACUUGUAACUUAUUCCACAUUCUCGACAAGUGCAUAAUGAUCUAAGAAUAAUUUUCGUACUUAAUGAACAACAAAAUGAUUGCUGUGUUAAGUAUAAAUAAAAUUACUAAGUGCAGUAGAAACGUUUGACUUUUUAUCACUCUUUAUUUGGAAACCAAAAAAAGCUCAGGAGACAAUUGAGUUAGAUAAGUUCAAGUGUUGACCAUGUUGUGAGUAACAAUCAAAAUAAACAAGAUAAGACCACUGUUACAUUGUCGAUUCUUUGAAUUUAAGUGACACUUAUGAGCAGCACUCAGAUGAACAUAAAAAAAAUAUAAAAAUCUAUUAUAAUAUAAAUGCUCAAAAUCAGAAUCGCAAAAGUAAUCAAAGCAGUAUCAAUUACAACAACGAAAACCAAAUUGAUUGUCACGAUUGUAGAGUAUUUCCUAAGUCUUUGGGUGGCAUAAUGAAAGAAAAAAGUAAGAAUGCGGCAAGAUCACGUCGAGAGAAAGAGAACACCGAAUUUCAAGAACUCGCUAAAUUGCUUCCACUUCCAGCUGCGACAACGUCACAGUUGGAUAAAGCGAGUGUAAUCAGAUUAACGACAAGUUACUUAAAGAUGAGAGCAGUUUUUCCAAACGGCUUAGGAAAUGAAUGGGGCGCUUCGACGACAAUAAAUGAUUCCCGUGAUGGAGUGAUCAAAGAAUUAGGUUCUUAUCUAUUGCAGACACUUGAUGGAUUUAUAUUUGUUGUGGCACCUGAUGGAAAAAUUAUGUAUAUUAGUGAGACGGCAAGUGUACAUUUAGGACUUUCACAAGUUGAAUUAACCGGAAACAGCAUUUUCGAGUAUAUUCACCCAGUUGAUCAUAAUGAGAUGCUUGAUGUCUUAAAUUCACCACUUCCAAUAUCAAACCGAUCAUUUUUAUCACCCAACGCUCAUGGUAAUAUUGAAAUAGAGCGAGCAUUCUUUAUAAGAAUGAAAUGUGUGCUAGCUAAAAGAAAUGCAGGACUCGUCACUUCAGGCUGGAAGGUUAUUCAUUGUUCUGGUUACCUCAAAGUACACAUUCGCGGACCACCUUAUGACGAGUGCCAAAUAAUAGGCCUUGUAGCAGUUGGAAAUUCUCUUCCACCGAGUGCAAUCACGGAAAUAAAGCUAUAUCAUAAUAUGUUUAUGUUUCGUGCAUCUUUAGAUCUCAAACUCAUAUUCCUUGAUGUAAGUGUUAAAGAACUCACUGGAUAUGAUCCUCAAGACCUAAUUGAAAAAACAUUAUAUCAUUACGUUCACGGUUGCGAUAUUUUGCAUUUACGAGAAUCACAUCAAAUAUUGCUGAUGAAAACACAAGUUACCACCAAAUACUAUCGAUUUUUAACUAAAUGUGGAGGAUGGGUUUGGAUGCAGUCGUAUGUGACAAUUGUAAAUAAUUCAAGAAGUUCUCGACCCCAGUGUAUCGUAUCAGUAAACUACGUUUUAUCGGAUAAAGAAGCAUCGCAUUUGAUUCUAAAUUCAGAUCAAAAAAUGAAUAAUGUUCCUGAAAAUCAACUGAACGUUCCGAAAUCUUCUAAUAAUUCUAUUUCUUGUGAAACGAAUGAACAUUGUAGUCCAAGUUCUUCCUAUUCAUCUCGAACAAAUGACCUUCAAGAUGACUACGUUGAUACAACUUAUUCGAUUUCUUCUGAUUACAUGCCUACAGCCCACAUUAAUCCUUCUCAGUAUCAAUUAUCUACUUAUACACCACCAAUAUUAUCAGUUGCUACCCCACCCAGUGUCAAUAUUCAUGAAGAUUCAUCGACUUACUGUCCACUAGAUCUUUUUUAUCAAUAUGUUGGAGUUACUCCUGAUUCAUUGUCGUCCACAUCUAUGCAGCAGCAACAUUUGUUACUUCAUGGUAACAAUGUUCAGCUUUCUCAACAAAAUAAAUCAGAGAUUCAGCAGAAAAAAUCAUCAUUUUCUUCUCUAUCGAAUUCGUGCGCUAGUUAUAAUAAUUCUGGAUCUCAUCCAUCAAACUCAACAACAAAUCAUUCUGCUAUAUCAUCGUAUUCAGUAAUUCAUCAUCAUCAACAACAAAGCACACCUCAUAAUCAACAUCAUCGACGGAAUCAACCCCAUUCUCAUCACCAGCAACAAGAACUAGAUUCUAAUCAGCAUUCUCAUCAUCGGCAACCACAAUCUUUACAUAACGAAUCUACAAGAAAUUAUGAAGAAACUGGAUGUGAUUCUUUUCAAAACUGUGCCUUUAGUAAUAGUCCCUUGUUUGUUAACGGAACGGUUCCAACUAUGAAUCAUGAAAAUUUUCCAUCUGUAACUACGAACCAUCAUAAUCACGAUUUGUCAAGUCCAAUUUACACAAGUGUUAUUGUCGACUCACAUCAAUACAGCCCUAAUAAUGGCCUCAAUGUAACAAGUAUAAAUGAACAUCAACGAAUAACUCAAACGAAAAGUAAAACUCCUCCAACGACAAACUUAUCUACUACGAUAAAAGCAUCACCUCCAACUCCAGUCAUUACCUCAACGGUAUCGACGUCACCAUCAGCAUCGGAGGCUGAAUCAAGAUCACCAGUACUGCCUGCUACAAUGAUAAAGUCACCAAAUUCUUCUACAAAUGUUGCCAAAAGUAAACAGCCAGUUGAAUUGAUUCAUAAAUCAUUUGACCCGGAAAAUAAAAAUAACUUCCCCAUUUUAGAUAAAUGUGAUGAAAAAACGAAUUAUGUACAUGAUCGAUCAAAUUUGACUAAAUAUUCAUUUAUAACAGGAUUUUCUAGAUCAUGAAAAUUUUAUAAUCAAUCUUAGAUGACACAAAACGCUCAUGCUGGUUUUGAGUACAAAUUUGCAAAUUAUUUAUGACUCUAUUUGUUUUUAUUAAAAUAUGGAAAGAUAUAGACCAUAUUGAAAAAUAUUUUAUAGACUGGUGUAUUUAAUGUAGAUGAUAGAUAAGAGAAAGCUUGUUUCUCAUCAAUAAAUUUAAAAAUUAUGUACUCUCACGUAUUAUAAAUUGAUAAACUAUACUGGACAAAAUAUUAAUGAGCGUUAUUCUUAUGAUUAUGUUAUGUCAGGAAUUGACAUAAAUUAAUGUUUUUGUGGGUGUUUGGCCCAAGCUGAAGCCUAUAGACCGGGAACCCCAGAGAUCUUUUAUUAAGGAGGAUAGGUUUAUUUUUUUUAUUAAUAAAACGUUGUUUAAAUUUCAAUUUUUAACUAUAUUAUUAACUCGAUUACAAAAAUGUUGAGGUUUAGAGAUUAUGCUUCUAAUUACAACGUUGGAAUUACCUCCUAAUUCAAAUAAAUUUCAAUUAUAACCCAAAGACAGGUGGCUAGUCAGCUGACUCUGAUUUACAACAAAAAUUAUGAAAAUAAAUUAUUAGGUGGCUAGUCAGCCGACUCUAAUUUGCAAGAUUCAAAAUUAUAUUUACUAUUUUAAUUUUAAAUUACAUAUGCUCGAAUUAUAAUUUUGUAAUCCUGAUAUAACUAACUGAACAUUUCAAACUUUCAUUUAACAUUUUACUUUUAAACUACACGUGUUCGAAUUUUUAUUU